GGGUUGAGGGGUGGGAGGUGCUGGCCUGCUUGCCGUGUGCCGCUCGUCCGGCGCGUGUGCCCGGCCACCUGGUCGUCAUGGAGGAGGCCUUGGUAGAAGAGCUGGACGAUGAGGAGCAGCUGGUGAGAAGGCAUCGCAAGGAGAAGAAGGAGCUGCAAGCCAAAAUUCAGGGAAUGAAGAACGCUGUUCCCAAAAAUGACAAAAAGAGGAGGAAACAACUCACUGAAGAUGUAGCUAAGUUGGAGCGAGAAAUGGAGCAGAAACACAGGGAAGAACUGGAGCAAUUGAAGCUGACUUUGAAGGAGAGUAAGAUAGAUUCUGUUGCUGUUAACAUUUCAGACUUGGUACUUGAGAAUCAACCACCUCGGAUUUCAAAAGCACAAAAGAGACGGGAAAAAAAGGCUGCGUUGGAAAAAGAGCGGGAAGAAAGAAUAGCUGAGGCUGAAAUUGAGAACUUAUCUGGAGCCAGACAUGUAGAGAGUGAAAAACUUGCUCAGAUAUUGGCAGCCAGAGAAUUGGAAAUUAAGCAAAUUCCGUCUGAUGGUCAUUGUAUGUAUGGAGCGCUUGAGGACCAGCUGAGAGAGCAGAACUGUGCUCUGACUGUGGCUGCCCUGCGGAAGCAGACUGCUGAGUACAUGCAGAGCCAUUCUGAAGACUUCCUGCCAUUUUUAACCAACCCCAACACAGGAAAUAUGUAUACUCCAGAAGAAUUUGGAAAAUACUGUGAUGAUAUUGUAAACACAGCGGCAUGGGGAGGUCAGCUUGAGCUAAGAGCUCUGUCUCACAUUUUACAAACACCAAUUGAGAUACUACAAGCAGAUGCUCCUCCUAUUGUAGUUGGUGAAGAGUAUCCAAAGAAUCCUUUAAUACUAGUAUACAUGAGGCAUGCAUAUGGCUUAGGAGAACAUUAUAAUUCUGUCACACGUGUGUCUAUUGCUGCUGCCACUGCCACCAGCUCCUGCCAUCAGACUCCAGCUGUUUUGACCUUCUUUUGUGAACUCCAUACCAGCAACUCUCCAGGGAGAUUCCAGGCUUUCAUUACCAGACUGGGACAGCUGAGGCAUCCUCUUCCAUGAACUCAGUGGCUCCGUGGCCUCUGCCUCUUCUUCUUGAAGACAAUCAUUUUUAGACCCGCUUGUCCCCAAUGUGUAAGCCAGUCUAUUGAAUCCCUUUGGGUAACACGUGCACACAGCUGACUGGUUCAGUGUCUGUAGAGCAGCCUUCCUGAUAAGGCAUGGCGAGUACUUGCAGUUUUGCUGGCUUACUCAUUGCAGUGUGUUCAUGCUGAGCUUGCAUUUUCUCUGACUUCUGUCAGAUCUCCUUCAGCUUCUCGGGCAGGCACAUUGGGCACAGAAGCAGUAGCACUCACUGGCUCCUAAAUUACACAAAUUCAGGUUUAUACAACAAAUCCCAUUUUCCAUAUGAUGCCUAUUUGUUUUUUUUUGUUUUUUUUUUUUUGUUUUUUUUUUUUCUCAUUUUCUGAUUUUGUUGCUAUAACAAAAAUACCUAAGUGAGUUUUGGGAGUGGGCCUUGAAUAUAAGUAAAGUCUUUAUAUACUAUUAAUGGGACACUGAUGCCAUACUAGGAGGUGAUUGGUAAAGGGUUAAAGAGGUGAUGAAAAUGACAAGCUAAAACAAAUGUAACUUCUAUUAUGUAGCAGAGUUUAGUAAAGCGACUUGCAUUAACAGUGAGAAAUGAACAUAUGUCACCAACUGGAUGCUCUAGCUAAGGGGCUUUUUAAGUGUUUUGUCAAAAAAUGCCUUCAGGAUGAUAGUAAGAUAUGAAAGAUAAGCAGGUAGAAAAUUUAUAUACAAAGGAGCAUGGCUUUGAGAGUUUGAACAAUGAAACAUUUCAUUCCUAUGUGAUGAUUAUACCUGGUUGUCAAGUGGACUACAUCUGGACUUAAUUAAAACCCAAGCUGCUGGGUACACCAUUAAGGGAUUUUUCUUGAUCGGAUCAUUUGAGGUGGGAAGAACCAUGCCUUCUGGUGGCACCCUGUAUGAUAUGGAAGAAAGAAGCAUUGGCUUUUUACCUGCUUGUCGUUGCUCUCACUGUCAAGGGCAUUCCUUCACCUGUAUUAGACUCUACUACUUUUUCCUACAUAUACUGAAGACCAGCUAAAACAUCCAGCCUCAUGAUGGACCGACUGAACAACUGCUGGAUUCUUGGACUUUCUGUCUGGAGAAAUAGCCAUUGUUGGAAUAGUCAGACCACAAACUGUAAGCCACUCUAAUCAAUCUCACAUAUCAAUCUGUUAGUUCUGUUUCUGUAGAAAAUGCUAAUACACCUAGUCUCUCCAGAUAGUAAAUGAUGCUCCAAGUAAGAAAGGUCUCCCAGAUUGAGCACAUUUAUGAAAAUGUAAAGGAAGUGUGAAGAUAAGCUGAAUUCAGUCCCUGAAUCUUACAUGGUGGAAGGAGAGAACUGGCUCCCACAAGUUGGCUUUGACCUUCCAGUGUAUGCUGUGGCACUCCUCACUCUCCUACUAAAUGUAAUUAAAAAAACAAAAAUAAAACAACAACAGCAAACUUUUAAAGGAAAUCCAAGAUAGAGGCUGCUUGCACAUGCUGGAGGCAGCUGUGCAUGUUUAUCUUGUUUGGUGGAGUGUAUUAUAAACUUGAAAGCCCCACUGAAGUUUUUUUUAAGGAUUUGUGUCAGUUUGGAUAGAACUGAAACAAUGAAAAAAAUAAACCUUAGUGCACUGUUGGUAGGAUUGUAAAAAUGGUACAGCUACUACAAAACACAGUGUGGCGGUGCCUCCUAAGAGUAUAUGAGCUAGCACUGUAUGACACAGUGAUUCCACUCCUAAUAUAUAUAUAUGUGUGUGUGUGUGUGUGUGUGUGUAUUAGUAAAAUGCAAAUGUCUACAUUUUAAUGCGUCAAUUAUAUUUCUAAGAUCCACAAAGCAGAAACAGCCCAAAUGCCAUUCACACAGAUUCACUGAUGAAUAAAAAGUGAUAUGUAGGUAUAAUGGACUAUUAUUUACCAGCAAAAAUUUAGUACUGGUAUGUGCUUUUACAUGGAUGAGCCUUGCAAAGGUUUUUCUCAGAGGCCAGUCAUACGAUUUCAUCUUUACAUCAUUUCCUAUAUAUAAUAUUCAAAGAAAGCAAAUAUUGAAAAAAUAAAAUAUUAGCCUGGGUUAUGGUUGGUUUUCAAAAUAUGACCAUAAUUUUGUUUUUCUCACUUGCCAUCAAGAAGUAGAAUUUAAUUUAUCUCAUUUGAAAUGUGGGCAGACCUCAGUCACUUGCUUCUUUCUAAUCAAAAGAUUGUAUUAGCAGUAAUGGCCCAUGAUCUUUAAGCUAAGUCAUGGAGGUAAUGUUCCUACCCUACUUUCUGUCUUGAGAUACUCACACUUAGAGCCAAGCCACAUGUGCAAGCUGACCACCUGAAGGUCCUAGUCAACAACCAGCGUCACUUCCAAAAAUAGGGGGAAGUGGGCCUUUAGGUGAUUUCUGCUGGUUUAGCCUUCGUGUUGUCACAGAUGUCAUCAAAGGAAGGAAACAUAGGCUUGCUCAAAUUAAGAUUGGUGAAUAAAGUGUUUUACAUCGUUGUGUGGUGGCUUCACAGCUACAGAUAACCAGAGUAGGUUGUGGUUAUACUACCGGUUACAUACUAUGUAUGGUAGAAGAAGGGUUGAAAGUUUACAUUGUUGUCUAGGUUUGUCAGGUCAUUAGAAAGCAGGAACAGGUUUAAGUGGCCUCUUUUCCCUCUUUAGGUCAUUAACAACUUUGCAGUGUUUUUUUGUACCAUCUCCUAGGAUGCUGGAUAUGACACACAAUAGUCAUUUAAGAGGUAAUGGUGCCACAGAUUUUUAAAAGAUUCUUCCUUGUUUAUGAGUACACAUACAUAUUCAUGUUCAUACAUGUGAGGGUAUGUGUGUGUUCACACAGGAAUUCGUGCGUGCGUGCGUGCGUGUGUUUGUGUGUGUGUGUGUGUGUGUGUGUGUGUGUGUGUAUGCACGCAGGAAUGCACGAUGUAGAAGCCCAAAGUAGUUUUGGGGAGUCUUUUCUACUUUCUACCUUAUUCAUUGAAGUAGGGUCUACAUGGCUACUUUAGCUAGCCAAUUUGCCCUGGGAAUUCCUAGUCUCUGCCUUCCCAGAGUUGGAUUUACAGGUAAGCCACCAAACCUACCUUGUAUUUAAUGGGUUCUGGAGAUCCAAACUUUUGUCCUUAUGCUUGUGCAGCAAGUAUGUUAACCAACCUGCCUUCAGCGGAAAGGCUUAUACAAUCAUGAGAAACCACAGUAUAAGUUUCCUAAGUUUGAAUUUUUAUUGUUUUUAACUAUGUGUAUAUGACUGUAUGUAUGUGUGCAUAUGUGUGCAUAAGUGCAGGUAUACUCUGGGGUUCAGAAGAAUGUGUUGGAUUAUAUGAAGCUGAAGUUGCAGGUGGUUGAAGCUGCAGGACAUGGGUGCAGGGAGCCAAACUCAGGUCUUGACCGUUGAGCCUUCUCUUUAGCCCUAAGAGUAAUACUUUGUAAAGGUAAAGCCCCACAAACAUUGUGUUUAAGAGUCUUAGUAGUUUUUCUUACAAACUAAGGUUGAAAGUAAAAAGGCAGUGCUUGUAAAUGGUUCUUUGUAUACUGACAGCUGGAAGCCACUCAUGACCAGGUUUUCUUAUGAUAGUGACAUUAGUUAUGCUUUUGUUAGGUUAGUGUUCCUGUUUCAGAAGUGUGGUACCAGCUGUACUUGUGUUGGAACUUCUUGCCUCAAUAGCACCUCCCAUUGAGGCUUUUCCCCCCAUUGUCCAUAUUUAACAUUGUAAACUUCCUCCUACUCAUUUCUUUUUCUCUUUGCUUUUUACCUAUUGGAACUGUGCCCAUCUACUAGAAUGGAUAGUUAUACAUAAUUAUGAUUAUUUGUUUUCUACAACUGUAUUACAAUUUCUUUGAGAGCAGAGACUUUUUAAAAAAAGAUUUAUUUAUUUAUCAUGUAUAGUGUCUGCCUGCAUGUAUGCCUGAAGGCCAGAGGAUGGUGCCAGAUCUAAUUACAGAUGGUUGUGAGCCACCAUGUGGUUGCUGGGAAUUGAACUCAUGACCUCUGUUAGGACAGACAGUACUCUUAACUGCUGAGCCAUGUCUCCAGCCCCAAGAGCAGGCCUUUUAACUUUCUCAUUCACUUCUUUUUUGUUUAUGGUUUUUCCUCUGGAGACAGUGUUUCUCUUGUGUUCAGGACAGCUCUGGCUGUCCUGGAACUAGCUCUGUAGAUCAGACUGGACUUGAACUCAGAGAUCUGAUAGCCUCUGCCUCCCAAGUGCUGGGAUUAAAGGUGUUCGUCACUGCUACCUGGCUCUCAUUCACUUCUUUAUAGUCAGUUCUUGCACUAGAGUUGUGUUAUGAAAAUUUUGAGGGCAGAGUAUCAUAAUGUUGAAAUAUUUUGAAAUCAUGAUCUAAGUUUGCAACAUACUUAAUCCAAGUACCUUCAAUCAUCCUCAUAUCUAGAUAUAGAUGGGGUUUUAAUGAUCAAAGGUCACUGACUACAGCUUUUUCUUCUUUCUGUCAUCUUAUUCUUCAAUUAGUGAGGAUAGUGUAAAGAACUCUCUGUGUAACUGUUUCUCAGCAUCCAUAAUUAUCAACAUUGUGUACAUCUUGUUUCUUCCCCCACCUCCUGUGUCCCUAGAUUAUUUUAAAGAGUUCACCUGAAAAUUACAGUAUGUAUUUCUAAAUGUUGGUUACAUGUAAAGCAAGUCCUACUGUUAAUAUCAUACCAUUUUAUAUACAACAGAAUAAAAGAUUACUAUCAUAAUCCCCA